ACAGUCCCAAGGACGCAGACCUAACUAGUAACCUCCUCUAUUCUAUACCUCUAACUAUGAAGUUCCUAGUAGUACUUCUUCCGCUGCUUUGCACGGUGAGCGCCAAGGAGAAUGUCUUAGACGUUAUGCGCAGUCUUCAACUGAGGAGUUUGGUACAACUGCUGGAGGUAUCUGAUCUAAGCCCUACCCUAGAAGACGCAGAUUCGUGUACAGUAUUUGCACCGUCAGAUGCUGCCUUUGCUAAGGUCCCGGCUGGUAUCAAACAACAGCUAUUGAGUAACCCACUCUUUCUUAGAGAGGUACUGGCGUUCCAUGCCAGCAACAAAGAGUACAUGUCGACCGACUUGAAGAACAACCAGCUUAUAGAUACACUUCUAAAAGGUUUUAUGAUGCGAAUCAACAUCUAUCCUUCAACAAACACGAUCACAGCUGACGGUUCCCUAGUGAGUAAGCCAGACAACAAGGCCAGCAAUGGGGUGGUGCACGUGGUGGACCAGGUCUUGUACCCGUUCCCGUCCUUAACCGUGGACGGAGAAAUCAACAACAACAAGAACCUGUCCGUGUUAAAGGAAGCCAUCGAAAAAGCUGGUCUUGGAAGUGCUUUAGAUGGUGACGGACCAUUCACCCUUUUCGCUCCAACCGACGAUGCUUUCAACAAGCUACCGAACGGAACCCUGCCUAGUCUUCUGAAGAACGUGACGGCACUGACAGAAGUUCUGACCUAUCACGUCGUCAGUGGAGUCUACUACAAGGCAGGCUUAGGCGAUGGGGAGGAACUUACGACCUUACAAAAGGAAAAACUUGUGUGUCACGUCAGCGCUAAACCUGGGUCAGACCCCCAGGUGAUGAUAAACAACGCAAAGACUGUCGGACUUCCAAUCCCAGCAGUCAACGGGGUUGUGCAAUUGAUUGACACCGUCCUCAUUCCUCCAAACUAGUGUGGUUCUGGAAAAUGUCCUCAAAGCUGGUGGUUGCUUUUGAAAUGUAAACAAGUGGAAAAGGGGCAGAUUUUUUGUAGUAAAGAGCUCAUUACUAC